AUGGCGUCUUUACUGGGCGCUGGUUAUUACUCCAGCGAUGAUGAUGCCACGGUGCCCAAGGCUCAGGUCACCACCGCAACCAAGGUGGUUGCGGCUCCAGAAGUCAAUACAGAGGACCAUGCGCAUAUGCAAAUGACCCUCGCCAACACCUCAUCCCAAGCCCUGACCUACAACGCCACCUACGAUGAUUUGAUGCGCCCGUCUCAAGGACCCGUGAACCCUUUCAAGCCAGCCGGCCCCGGAAACGGAAUUAAGAGGAAGAAUGUCCCAACCGGCUUUGCCGAGGAGGCUGCCAUCAGCGAGUCGACCUUCGCCGCGCAGCACCGCACGUUCCAGAGCUUGGGCUACACGCGCAACCCGACUGCGCCGGAUCAGUUUGUCGGAGACAUGGAUAAAGUUGCGCAAUAUGGGGGGCGUGAUGUUGUACAGAUGAGACCCAGCAAGGAAGCCUCGGCUGCAUGGCGAUCGAAGCGGCAAAAGAAGGGCGACUCGAGCAUCGUCGAGGGCGAAGGCGCGUACCUUGGGCCCUGGGCGAAAUACACAAACGAUCAACAAUAUGACGAGGUCGAGGUCGCUGAGGGCGAAGAGCGCGAGCUGGCGAGUGAUGAGGAGUGGGUGGAGGAAGACGAGACCCUGGCCCCCGCGGCGCCCAUGCCGGCCAUGAGCAAAGAGGCCACCGAGUACCAGGGCGACACAUCCAAAGUCGAAACGACUGAAUUCCACGGCUCCGAGCAGUUCGACUACAUGGGUCGGACGUACAUGCAUGUGCCUCAGGACCUGGAUAUUGACCUGCACAAGGAACCGGGCAGUGUCAAAAACUACGUGCCAAAGAAACUCAUCCACACCUGGAAGUCACACACCAAGGCCAUCACCUCACUUCGUUUCUUCCCCGGAUCGGGCCACUUGCUGCUCUCGUCGGCUGCCGACGGCAAAGCCAAGAUCUGGGAUGCAUACCACUCCCGCGAGCUACUGCGGACUUUCUCGGGUCACUCCAAGGCCAUCACAGAUACGGACUUCGACCCUACAGGGCGGACUUUCCUUACCGGCUCGUUCGACCGCCAGAUUAAGCUCUGGGAUACCGAGUAUGGUAAAUGCUUGGGACGGUUCUCGACUGGCAAGAUCCCCCACGUCGUGCGAUUCAACCCCAGCCCGGAGCACCAGCAUGAGUUCUUGGCUGGUAUGUCCGACAAGAAGAUUGUCCAGUUCGAUACACGAACAAGUGAAGUGGUUCAAGAAUACGAUCACCAUCUGGCAGCCGUCAACACCAUCACCUUCGUCGACGACAACCGUCGCUUCAUCACCACCUCCGACGACAAGUCCUUGCGUGCGUGGGAGUACGGCAUUCCCGUACCGAUCAAAUUCAUCGCCGAACCCUACAUGUUCGCUCUCACCCGGGCGACGCCACAUCCCAAUGGCAAGUACGUGGCCUUCCAAUCAGGCGACAACCAGAUUGUCGUCUACGGAGCCACCGACAAGUUCCGACAGAAUCGCAAGAAGAGCUUCCGCGGGCACAACGUUGCCGGAUACGGUAUUGACAUCAAGAUCUCGCCAGACGGUCAGUUCAUUGCCUCUGGCGACAGCGGUGGCUUCGCUUGUUUCUGGGAUUGGAAGACGGGUAAAAUGUAUCAUAAGCUGCCGGCGGGCGGCAAAGAAGGCGGCGCCGUUACGUGCCUGGACUGGCAUCCUCAGGAAACCAGCAAGGUGGUUACGGGUGCGUUGGACGGACUUAUCAAGUAUUGGGAUUAG